GAUGAUGAUUUGUGGUCUCCGUCUGAGUCAGACUUGAAGAUUAUAAGAGCACGACGGGAACGGCAAGAUCAGAUUAGUCGCCUAAUGGGUGAUUACCUGUUAAAGGGAUAUAAGAUGCUUGGAGAGGGCUGUGAUACAUGCGGGACUAUCUUGUUACAGGACAGACAGAAAAAAAUGCUUUGUGUUUCAUGCCAAGAGCUUGAUUCUGACACGGAAAAAGACAAUCCAGCCCUGAACCAUCAGGCAGCUUUGUCUCAGGUGAGAGAGCAUCAGAUGUCUCUACAGCCUUGCCAUGAUAUUACUCCUGCUCCGCAGCUCCAGGCUCCACCCAUUCCGAAGAGUACUUCAGAUCACGUAGCCUCUACCUCUGAUCCGAUGCAUACAACCCCUGAUCCCAUACAAACUGCUGAAUCUGCUCUUCUGGACAAGAUGUUUUGGGCAUCUCAGCAGUUGCAAGGGACUCCCUCUGUGGAAUACAGCUCUCAGCUUUGUGCUCUGAUUGGCUCUUGUGCACAGAGCUUACGUCAUGUCAGAGACCUCCACAACUAAACGCUUUAAAUGUACACAGUGUUUCCCCCAUACUGUUCUUUUUUUCUUAAUAGUGUUAAUUAUAUAGACAGGGGUAUCAGCAAAAAUGCCUCCUGUGCUUAUCUUGA